AGAAAGAAGCCACUUGAGUUAUUACUAUAGGCAUGGAAAGUUUCUGUUUGCUACUUCUUGCAGUGACACACCUGGGACAAGCCUCAUCUCAAACAGGUGUUCUUGAAAAGCGAAUAAUUGGAGGAAAGGAAUGUGUUGCCAACUCUCAGCCAUGGCACGUUUCCCUGUUUUAUUUCGAUGAUUAUAUAUGCGGAGGAACCCUCAUAAGCAAGCACUGGGUAUUGACAGCAGCUCAUUGUCUAAAGCCAAAUAUACUGAUGCAGCUUGGAGAACAUAACCUGGAAGUUAACGAAGGCAAUGAACAAUUUGCACAUACUGCGAUAUUUUGCCCACACCCUAAAUAUGAUUCUGUAACAUAUGACAACGACAUAAUGCUGCUUAAACUAAAUGCACCAGCUAAGUUAAAUAAAUAUGUCCAGACUAUCUCCAUUGGCUGCCCAGAAGUGUCCAGUGGAACCGAGUGCACCAUUGCUGGAUGGGGAUCCACCACAUCCAUAGUGGAAACCUAUCCAAACAUACUACACUGUGGGACAGUUACAACUGAAACCCAAGAUGAGUGCCAAAGGCUGCAUUCAGACUUGAAAAUUACAGACAACAUGCUCUGUGCUAGUAUUGCAGGAGAAACAAUGGACACCUGCUACGGAGACUCUGGUGGGUCACUGGUUUGCAAUUCUGUAGUUCAUGGUGUCACAUCUUUUGGACACACCACGUGCGGAACUGGAACCAAGCCGGGAGUCUAUACAAAAGUCUGCAAAUAUAGAGACUGGAUCAGAAAAACGGUAGCAAAGGGAGACUGUCUCUGAUUGCUAAGGCCCUGACAUGUAUUGGCAGAGGGCAACA